GGCUUUAAAUGUGCUAAUGCGGGUGCCGCGUCGCCGCAAAUGCCCGGGUUUCUUUAGCGCAGAUUUUUGUGGUAUGGUCCGGUUGGAACUGACGACUUGAAGGCUAAAAGCAGGGGGGGAUUCGCAGAAUAUACACAAUAUGGCCGUUUUGUGUUAAAAGCCACGAAAACGACACAAUGUUAGACAUUGCGCGUUAUCGAGUCGAACUGGUGUAGAUUUGACUCCAUUUCCCUCGCGCGUUCACCGAUGCAUAUUCGGCUGCGUUUCUCUCGUACCCCCAUACAGUGAUUAGUUUGACCGCUCUUUGCGAGAAACCACUGCAUGCUGGUUUAUUUUGGUUAGCUUGCCCUGUCAAUUGAAUGGUUGCUAGUGAGCUACGAAGCAAUAUAAUUAUUUCAAAACAUACAUGUCACGGUCUUAUGCUCUGCAAACAUAGGUGACUGAUGAAUUCUUGCACAUCUAGACUAACGUAUGUUGCCUGCAUUGCCCGUACACUGUCAGUGGCGUAUUCAUGAAGCCGCAAACAGCACAAUCUGAAAGCUCAGUACGCAAUGUCUGAACGACAAUUGGUGCUCUGAAUGCAUUUCUGAAAAUGAAAUCAUUAGAUAUAAUGUUGCUAAUCAACACACACCAUAAAGUAAUGUACAGUGUUCGUCCUGGAGAGGCAAACAGCAGCGUGAGGUGUGGUCAGGGUGAUCAGGUGACCCGCCGGGUAAGGGGUUCCAGCCGCAGCCAUGGAGACCAAGCAGGAAUCAUCUCCUGUGUGGAACCAGGCAGGGAACAGCGAAUCAGGAAACGGCACUCAGGUGCAUUUUGAGGGGGGCGCGGUGACCCAGGUGGUUUACAGUGGAGACCAGCAGGACAGGGGUCAACAACAGGUGGUGUACGCCCCCCACGGUAACCCCUAUGCCGCCGUGGAGUCGGCGGAGCACACGCUGGUGUAUAUCCACCCGGCGGACGGGGCCACGGGUGUGUUUUCGGACCAGCCACAGGUGGCCUACAUCCAACAGGAUGGUACUACACAGCAGGUGACAGUGUUGCUGCCCAGUGGCCAGAACAUGAAUGCGACCAACCUCCAUGUCCUUAGCAACGUUGCUGAGGCCCCCCAAGGUCUGAUGGAGCCGGUGACCGAGGGUCAGCUGCCUGUGUCAGGCCCCCCCCCAUCUUUGGCAGGAAUGGUUGACCCCUCCUCCAGUCCGCUAGGGGCCACUUCCACUGAUGAUUCUGACGAGGAGGAUGAUGAUGACGAAGACGACUCUGACCUAGAUGACUGGGAGCCUGGGCCGCCACAGUCCUUCACACCACACAACCUCUGGUGUGAGGAGUGUAAUUUCUCCAACCCCUCUGUGUGUGAGAAGCACGGUGCCCUCCACCCAAUCCCCAAUCGCCCUGUGGUCUCCCGGGCUCGAGCCAGUCUUCCUCUUGUUCUUUACAUAGACCGCUUCCUGGGGGGGGUUUUCUCCAAGAGACGGAUUCCCAAGAGGACCCAAUUUGGCCCUGUGGAAGGACCCCUGGUCAGACAGACGGAGUUACAGGACCACUAUAUUCACCUGAAGCUGUGCAUGCUGGAUGCCGACAAGGACGUGGAGAAGUCCGACGACAUGUGGCUGGACCUCUCUGACGAGGACAGCUGUAAUUGGAUGAUGUUUGUUAGGCCCGCUCAGAACCACCUGGAACAGAACCUGGUAGCUUACCAGUACGGUUCUGAGAUCUUUUACACAACCAUCAAGAACAUCCAGCCCAAGCAAGAACUCAAGGUGUGGUACGCUGCUUCCUACGCCGAGUUUGUCAGUCAGAAAGUCCACGACGUCACGGAGGAGGAGCGGAAAGUGCUUCGUGAGCAGGAGAAGAACUGGCCCUGCUACGAGUGUAACCGCCGUUUCAUGAGUUCAGAACAGCUACAGCAGCACCUCAAUAUGCAUGAUGACAAGCUGGAAUAUGUCACCAGACCAAAGGGGCGUGCUCGGGGGCGUGGCAGGAAGAGGUUCGGGACAGGCAGGAGGCCCGGUCGCCCCCCCAAGUUCAUCCGCCUGGACCCCCCAGUCGACACGCCACUGGACAAGACACCGGAGCCGCUGGGAUUGGCCGUGAAGCUGCCGUACGAGGAGAGGGCUGACGGGGCCGCCAACGGUCUCAAGGUGGUGGAGCUGGAGGCGGAGGAAGGGGCAGGGUUGGCGACUGAGGGGCAGCUUGACCCCCCUGGAGGGGACACGCCUACCCCCGAGGCAGACAUCCCACCCCUGACAACCGACACCCCCUUGCCCACAAACAAAGAGGACGGGUCCCAGAGUAGCCCUGUCCCCCCGGCAGACCCACACCUCAACCUCACCCCCCAGGACAUGCGCAGAGCCAAGAGGAUACGGAACGCUGCUCUGCAGCAUCUGUUCAUCAGGAAGUCAUUCCGGCCCUUUAAAUGCACCCACUGUGGCAAGGCCUUCCGGGACAAAGACAAGCUGGAGAUCCACCUGAGGGUCCACGGCCGCGAUGCCUAUCUCUCCUGCAACCACUGCAAUAAGGGCUUCCUGUCCCACGGGGCCCUGGAGGAUCACCUCCUACUCCACUCCGAACACCGGGCCUACUCCUGCCUGUUCUGCACCAGCACCUUCGACCGUCUGGACCUCCUGAAGGAGCACGUGGGCGUCCAUGCUGUGGAUGGCUGCUUCUCAUGCCCCUCCUGCAAGAAGAUCUUCACCGACUUCAAGCAGGUGAAGAAACAUGUGCGCAGCUUCCACUCUGAGAAGAUCUUCCAGUGUUCCGACUGUGACAAGGCCUUCUGCCGGCCCGACAAGUUGCGGCUCCACAUGUUGAGACACAGCGACCGCAAAGACUUCCUCUGCUCCACCUGUGGAAAGCAGUUCAAGCGUAAGGACAAGCUGAGGGAACACAUGCAGCGGAUGCACAACCCCGAGCGUGAGGCUAAGAAGGCCGACCGGAUCCAUCGCACCAAGGUCCUGAAGCAGAAGGUCCCCACCACAGACUUCGAGAGCUUCGUUUUCAAAUGCCGCAUGUGUAUGAUGGGCUUCAGACGGAGAGGGAUGCUGGUAAAUCACCUGUCUAAGCGCCACCCUGAGAUGCGAAUAGAGGAGGUUCCGGAGCUCACGCUGCCCAUCAUCAAACCCAACAGAGACUACUUCUGCCAGUACUGUGACAAGGUAUACAAGAGUGCCAGCAAGAGGAAGGCCCACAUUCUGAAGAACCACCCGGGGGCGGAGUUACCCCCCAGCAUCAGGAAGCUCCGCCCUGCUGUCCCGGGGGAACCCGACCCCAUGCUGUCCACACACACUCAGUUGACGGGCACCAUCGCCACGGCGCCCGUCUGCUGCCCACACUGUGCCAAGCAGUACAGCAGCAAGACUAAAAUGGUUCAGCACAUCCGUAAGAAACACCCUGAAUACGCCCAGCUAGCCAACACCAUUCAGGCUCCUCUCGCCACUGCCGUAAUCAGCUCCACUCCUGCUGAUGGCACCACCUCUGAAACUGUUGUGACCACAGACCUGUUGACCCAGGCCAUGACGGAGCUGUCCCAUACCCUGACCACCGACUACCAGAGGAUCCAGUAUAUACCUGUCAGCCAAUCAGGAGGAGGCAUCAAUCAGCCUCAACACAUACAGCUGCAGGUGGUCCAAGUACAGCCGGCGGGGUCCCCUCACUCCCAGCACUCCACCCUGGACGUCUCCCAGCUCCACGACACCCAUGGUUACAGCCAACACGCCAUCCAGGUGCAACACAUCCAGGUGUCAGAGACGGGACAGAUUACACAGGGUCAGCCUCUAAGCCCCUCCUCCCAGGCAACCCAGGAGUUAAGCCCUGCCCAGCUGACCCCCGUGACCCUGGCCCAGAGCCAAGCCCUCCAGACGUCCAAUCAGCAGGGCUCCGUGCAGCACGCCUACAUACCUGGCAACUGGAACUACAGAGGCUACCCCUCAGAGAUCCAGAUGAUGGCACUCCCCCAUGCUCAGUAUGUGAUUGCUGAGGCUGGCACCCCCGUCGCUGGAAUCAACAGUGGUGGGGUGAAGACGACCCACUAUGUGAUUUCAGAGGGCCAGGCUGAGUUGGACUCCAAGGGGGCCAGCAUUCCCCAGAGCUCAGCCCAGACCCACCCGGACCACCUGGACUCUCAGACGUCCACCCAGUACAUCAUCACCACCACCACCAACAGUACCGGCACCAGCGAGGUGCACAUCUCCAAACCCUGACCCCCGACCUGAGAACAGGACCGGCACCAACUGGUGCAGAGGUCAACGUGGGCUAACCCUCACCUCUGACCCCUGGGAGCAGCUGUUGUACUGUCUGUCUUUGUGUCCCGCCCCUGUGGACUGGUCCAGGAACAGCACGCCUCACCCGUGCUCGUGAGCUCAGAAUAAACAGGUCCCGACCUCUGACCUAGGAAAAUCUGGGAACCGCUGUUAUACAAUCUAACUUAACCCCUCACAGCCCUAAUCCCUGCCUGUGGAGAUCGGUGAAGCACACCUCACUAAGACCUGAUGACCUCUGACCUGGAGAGGGACGUAUCUUUGGGUCUGACCUACACGAGGCUCAGCAUAUUCCCAAAAACCUAACGACUGUUCUAGGAACAGCUGUACAGAGUUGAACUACCUUGAGAGAUCUGAAGACAGGUCCCAGACCUGCUUGCAUGCGCCCUGAUCCGGCUCUCCCUCAGACACGAUAAGAUCCGGUCCCUGCGUCUGAGUAACAUGGUUUAGAACAGCACAAUUGUUGGAUGUCUGUUGAGAACGUAUUCGUUUUCAGCAGAGUUGGUGGCACUGAACAAGCUGAGCCUGAUGAACUGGACUAGCUGCCAGAGUUAUCUAGAAGACAAAACAAAAUAGGUCAUUCGAGACCAGAAAAAAAUAUGUAUUUUUUUGGAAGUCAACAAAAGUAUGAGAACAGGUAUCUGCUACAUAUGAACAAAAGAUGAACAGGAAAACACAGGAUGUCUUUUCAACGUACCUUUGUGAAGGUCUCUUUAGACAGUCUGUAAGUCAGAUGGGGGCAGGUAGUGAGAGACUGGUGUACUGCUAACCCAUUAACCCCUGGUAUCACCCCACCUCAACACAACACUGGUAUCACCCCUCCUCAACACACCCCUGGUAUCACCCCACCUCAACACAACACUGGUAUCACCCCUCCUCAACACACCCCUGGUAUCACCCCACCUCAACACAUCAGGGUUUUUUCCCAUCACUCCCUGAUCUGUAAUCCGAUUCUCCUUUAGAACCUGAAGAACCAAUCAGAACUGAACAUAUUAAUAACAUUAAGUCAGUUUAAUUUGUAAAUGUUUAUAGAGAGAACCUGAACCCAGGCUGCCAGAUCCACACAGACUGGGCCCCGUUCACACAGGAGUACCUGAAGUGAUCCACACAGACUGGGCCCCGUUCACACUGGAGUACCUGAAGUGAUCCAUAAAGACUGGGCCCUGUUCACACUGGAGUACCUGAAGUGAUCCACACAGACUGGGCCCUGUUCACUUCAACAGACACUGGAGUGCCUGAAGUGUAUUCAUUAUGACAAUUAAAACGUUUGACCAAAAAAAACUGACUUUUUAGAUUUACUACCAGACAUAAUUCAGGUUGAUCACUUCACUGUUUUUUGUUCUGUCUGACAAAAUGUUUCACAGCAUAACAAUUUAUUUAGUAGAAUGAAUGCGCCUGGAAAUCUUUGUUUUCCCCUUUUCAAUGCAGAACUUUUUUCUGUGUUUAGCAGUGUGCCCGCCCCUGACCACUGCUACGUCUCUCCAGUGCUGUAACCCUGUCUGUUGACCAGAAGGGGGUGCUGUUUCUCAUGACAUUUCAACCCCAGGAAGGAAAAGGUUAUUUCUGUCAUCAUUUCGUUAUUUAUAUGCAGCAGCACCAGAUGAGCUGAUAGGUGGACUGUCUUGUACAAUGUAAGAUAUGGCUGUAAUAUUGCAGAGAAUAUUCUGUUUACUUCUCUACUUGUAAAAUGAUUGCUGUAAUAUGGAAGAGAAGUGUUGUGUGUCUUUGUGUACAGUGAGGACCCCUUAUGUUACUGGUGAAGUGAUGUCUGUAAAUUCUGUUUGUUGAAGAAUUAAAUCCUUUUAUAUCUGG